AUGUCACGUCAAACGGAAACUGGUGGCGUCAGUGCUCUUGUCGAGUAUACAGCUGAUAUAGCCGAAUUAGCUAUUCAUGCUGGUCAUCCUGAUCGAAAACAUAAUGAAUAUCUUCCAUAUCCUGAUGAGAACUUCGAUGAACAUGUUGAUGGACGAGCUCAACGAGACAAAAAAUUUCUUAUUUCAUACGUGUAUGCGAGUCCCGAACGAAAGUUUGUUCCAGGUGUUCCUGUCAUUGUUACAUCUAUCGCAGCUGAACGCACUUACACUGCAUUUACAGAAUUUCUUAAUCCUUAUUUAUAUGAUAUCCGAAUAUCACAUGGCACAUUUGAAUGGUCAGUUUUGAAACGUUAUCGUCAUUUCCAUGAUCUACAUAAGUCAUUAGUUCAAUUUGUCGAAGCGGAAACUAAAAGAAAUAUCAAUGAAUUAGGAGGACCACCUAGCAAAGAAAAUGGGUAUCCGUGUUUUCCAACUCGAAAUGAUCGAAUGGCAUUUAUCAAUGAAAGCUUUAUCGGAGAUCGUUGUAAAAUUCUCACUGAAUAUUUAAACAAACUUCUUCAACAUCCAAAGUUUCGUCAUCAUCCAGCUACAUGUGAAUUUUUCAAUAUAAGUUGCAUUUCGUUUGUAUAUGGAAUCUCAGUUAGUCGAAAGGAAGCGUAUUUGCUAAAACGAUCACACGACAGUUAUCGUGGCCAACGUAUGUUCUUUCGUCUACCAUUUUUUUGUGAUGCAUUAAAAUUCCAGCACGGUCGAAAGUGGUUUGUAAUAAAAGAUAGUUUCAUAACCUACAUACGACCAGAAACGAAUGAAAUUCGGUUUCCAAUGCUAGUCGAUCGAGGCUUUCAUGUUUCAACUGGUUUUCGUCAUUCGGGAACGUAUCACGGUAUUAAAAUUGAGAAUCUUCAACGAACGUUAGUUGUCAAAUGUCGAACCACCCGGGUGUCUGAAGAAUGGGUUCAUCAUUUGUCAAAUUUACAAGAGCAAGCAAAAGGUUUUCUCAAUGCAACGGCCAGUCGAUUCAAUUCAUAUGCCCCUAUACGAGAAAAACAACUGGCACAUUGGUUCAUCAAUGGUAAAUCUUAUAUGGAAUCAAUUGCAAAAGCUUUAUUAACAGCAAAAGAAGAAGUAUUCAUAACUGAUUGGUGGUUAUCGCCAGAAAUCAUGUUGAUUCGACCGUCAGAUGAUGAAACAUAUCGACUGGAUUUAUUACUGGGAAGAAUAGCAGAUGCUGGAGUUCGUGUUUAUAUUAUGGUUUACAAAGAAAUCAAAUUAGUCAUCGGGUUAAACAGCGCAUAUACAAAGCGAGCAUUGACUUCGAAGAGCCAAACAGGAUUUAUCAAAGUCAUUCGUCAUCCAGAUCAUUAUCCUAAAGGAGGAGUUCUUUUCUGGUCUCAUCAUGAAAAAAUGGUAGUCAUCGACCAAAAAAUCGCUUUUGUUGGUGGCAUUGAUUUGUGUUACGGACGAUGGGACGAUGAAUAUAUGCGUUUGGUUGAUUUGGGUGAAGACAAUGAUCGAAACUUGAAAAUGUCGUCGGAAAUUGCUGCUGAAAAAGCUGCGUCAGGUGGUCAAGAACUCGUUGAAACAGCUGCAAAGACAACAACACAGAUGGCUGAACAAGCUGGUGAGAAACCUGCGAAGAAAAUUCCACUGUACACUCAAUGGAGUAUGCAAUCACAAAGUAGCGACCAAAUGCGAACAGCAUUUACAGCUCCAAACAAAGCAAGCGAAGAUAUUAAACCAAAUUCACAAACUCAUCCAGUCGGAACCGCACAUCAUAUGAAAGCAACGGCAAAAAGAUGGCUCGAAGCGAAACUCACAGGUGCUGAUGGAGAUAUCGAUAGCGAUGAUUCAGACAAGGAGGAUGUUACGUCGCUUAAUCGGCAACAGUUUGAUGAUGGACGACGGCCGGAACGUUACGCACGAAAAUGGAGAAAAUUUGCUCAAAAAAUGAAAAGUAAUCAUGAAGACGAUGAUUCUGAUGAGGAAUACAACGAAGAGCCUCAGGUACAUCCGGAAUCAAUACCCGAACUCGAUACAAAACGUCGAUAUUUCAUUGGAAAAGAUUACUCGAACCCGUAUGAAAAAGACUUCGAAACACUUGACAAAUUUAGUGAAGAUUACAUCGAUCGAAAAACCGUACCUCGUAUGCCAUGGCACGAUGAAGCUGUUGUUGUUUUCGGUCAAGCAGCACGUGAUGUCGCUCGCCAUUUCAUUCAACGAUGGAAUAUUCAUAAAUGUGAAAAAUAUCUUGACAAUCCCUCGUAUCCAUUUCUAUUGCCGAAAUGUUAUGACAAUGAAGAAGAAUUAGAAGUGAAAAACUGGAAAGAAUUUCUCGCAAGUAAACCAUUCAAAGUCGAUAUACAAUGUGUACGAUCCGGUACGGAGUGGUCACUCGGAACGAAAACUACAGAAACAUCUAUACAAAAUGCUUAUGUACAAAUGAUUGAUGCAGCGAAACAUUAUAUUUACAUUGAAAAUCAAUUCUUUGUUAGUAUUGCACAAGAUGCUCAAGUUCUCAAUCAAAUAGCGGAUACACUCUUCCGACGUAUCGACCGAGCCCAUAAAUUGAAUGAAAAAUUUCGUGUGUAUAUUGUCCUUCCACUACUCCCUGGCUUUGAUAAUGUCAAAGCUGUUCAAGCUGUGCUUUACUUCAUUAUGCGUUCGAUUACUAAAGGAGAAAGAUCUUUAUUCAAACGCUUAGAAAAAGCCGGUGUCCCACCAGAAAAUUAUAUCAGUUUCUUCGGUAUGCGUUCUCAUGAUAUCCUGAUGGGUCAUUUAGUAACUGAAAUCAUCUAUAUACAUUCGAAAUUGAUGAUUAUUGAUGAUCGAAUGGCGAUUUGUGGUAGUGCGAAUAUCAACGAUCGUUCACUGCUUGGAAUUCGUGAUAGUGAAUUUUGUGUGGUGAUAAAUGAUCGAGAAAAUGAACGUGGUCGAAUGAAUGGCCAAUCCGUUCGAGUGGGAAAAUUCUGCUCGAGUUGGCGAAAGAAACUAUUCGCAAUGAUGUUAGGCAUACAAUUCGAAAAUCCCUUAAAUAUCGACAUUAGUGAUCCGGUUUCCGAUGAAUUUUAUUACUAUUUUCGCGAUGUUGCCAAGAAAAACGCCUUGAUCUACGAAGAAGUUUUUGCAACAGUACCAAGUGAUCGGGUGAGAAAAUUUGAAGAAGUCAGUAAAUAUACAAACGCUUCGAAAUUGAAAGAUACAGAUCCGAUCAAGGCACAAGAAAAACUAAAGAAUAUUCAAGGUUUGAUCGUUGAAUAUCCCCUAUAUUUUCUCGAUGAUGAAAAUUAUUUACCCAGUAUACGAACUCCUGAAGAAAAUAACAGUUCUCUUUUAUAUAAAUCAGACAUAAAUAAUCCUAUUCUUCAAUUACAUCGAUGUGAGAUCCGGAAAAUCAUCUCUGUACACUUUGAGAUAAUCCACAAUGCGGAAAAAAACUUUAGUGAAUGUUCUUCACCAUCUGCGAAAGAAAAAAUCAAUAGAAUUUUGUCUUUU